UAAUUCAAUCUUAUAAAACUGAUUUUUAAGGUGAGAAUUGUCUUAUUUUUGUACACUAUGACCAUCUCAUUAACUGAAGUGGCAUCUCCAACAAUAUUUAUUUCAGUUUAUUUCUCCUUUGACUAUUUAAGGAUGCAAUCACUAGACAAAAUGUAUAUUUCAUACACUAGAACGUAGAACCACCAGAGAGUGAAUAUGAGUCCCCAGAGUUUCAUUUUCCUUGCUAGCAUGCUUCUUAUGUUGCUAAUAGCUGGUUGUCAUGCUCAACUUCGAGUUGACUAUUACAGAAGCACAUGUCCAAAUGUUGAAUCAAUUGUACGCAGUGCAGUUGAGAUAAAACUUCAGCAGACUUUUGUGACAGCUCCUGCUACGCUUAGGCUCUUCUUCCAUGAUUGUUUUGUUAGGGGAUGUGAUGCUUCUGUGAUGCUAGCUUCAAGAAACAACACAUCAGAGAAGGAUAAUCCUAUAAAUCUUUCACUAGCUGGUGAUGGGUUUGACACUGUGAUCAAAGCCAAGGCUGCUGUUGACCGUGUACCCGGCUGCCAGAAUAAGGUUUCAUGUGCUGACAUAUUGGCAAUGGCAACUAGGGACGUGAUAACAUUGACAGGAGGACCAUCUUAUGCAGUAGAGUUGGGAAGGCUAGAUGGGAGAAUCUCUACAAAAGCCAGUGUUAGACACCAUCUACCUCAUGCUGAAUUCAAACUAACACAGCUGAGCCAAAUGUUUGCUUCACAUGGCCUCACCCUCACGGAUCUAGUUGCUCUAUCAGGAGCACAUACUAUUGGGUUCUCUCACUGCAGCCAGUUCUCCAAACGCAUUUACAACUUCAAAAGCAGGAAAAGUAUUGAUCAUACACUUAAUCCUGCUUAUGCAAAACAGCUCCAACAAGUGUGUCCAAAAGAUGUGGAUCCCAGAAUUGCCAUUAACUUGGACCCUAUUACACCUAGGACAUUUGAUAACCAAUACUACAAGAAUCUCCAGCAAGGAAGAGGACUCCUUGCUUCUGAUCAAGCUUUGUUUACUCAUAAAGGAUCAAGAGAUAUAGUGAACUUAUUUGCAUCCAACAACACAGCCUUUGAAAAGUCUUUUAUAAGUGCUAUAACAAAGCUUGGACGGGUUGGGAUCAAAACUGGAAACCAGGGUGAAAUCAGGCAUGAUUGCACAAUGAUUAACUGAGCCACUUUGUUUAUGUUCAGAUCAUUGUCUAAUAUUUCUUUCAUUUUCUUUGUUUAAUAAUAUCUGAAAGACCACUUCAGGAAUGGGGAUAAUAAUAAAAUACACAGAAAGCCACUUUAGUAGAAUUUGAUUCUAGAACAGUUUCUAAAAUCUAUGUAGACUAAGCAUGACUUCAGUUGACACUGUUUUAGUUCGAUUCAAAUAAUGAAGCGUUUAUUUUAUUUUUAA